GGGAGUUUCUGUGGCCCCUGACACCCGGUUCCUGUAUUGGGUCAGCGCCGGCGCCUCUCCGAUCGCCAUGGGCAAGUUCCAGAGUAAGGUUAAGCGGAACAGCAGCAAGUACAGGGCCGACAGCCACGUUAGCGAGAGCCCCCCUCCGCCGACCAGCCCCCAGCACAGCCGGGCUCACAACGACGCCGUUACCUACGUCGCUGCCCUGAAAGCCGACCUGUGCGUGACGGGGGGGAAGGACAAGGCUGUCGUCGUGUCGAACUGGCGAACAGGGACGGGUCUGAAGAGGUUUGUGGGACAUGAACGGGAAGUAACCAAGGUCACCUGCCUGUUUGGGACGAACCGGUUCUUCAGCGCCUCCAGAGACAAGACGGUGUUAAUGUGGGACCUGCACGGCAAGCUGGGGCCGACACAGACAUUUCUGGGGCAUCAACUGAUAGUGACAGGGCUGGCAGUGAGCCCCGAUUCCGCACAGCUGUUUUCUGGCUCCCGGGAUAACACCUUUUGUAAGUGGGACGUGGAAUCCGGCCGGUGUCUUCAGAAAACGGCUAUCUCCAGAAACCUGGUAACACACAUGUGUUGGGUCCCUGCCGAGUCUUACAUUGUGCAGACCUCAGAGGACAAAGUGAUCCGCGUGUGGGACGCUCGGGAGCUGCGGGUGGCUCACUCCUUCCCCAUGAAGCAAUACAUCCAGAUGCACUGCGACGUCAGCGCCGACGGGAACUACUGUCUGACCUGUAGCAAUGGCUUCGGGGGACAGGGCUGCGAAGCCACGCUCUGGGACCUGCGACAGACGAGGGACAAAGUCUGUGAAUACAGAGGACAUCUGCAGACAGUGGCCUCCUGCACCUUCCUCCCCAAAACUAUGUGUGCCACGCCACUAAUUGCCACGUCGUCUCACGACUGCACCGUGAAGGUUUGGGACAGAGACACCGGAGCCUGCCUGAACAGCCUGUUUCUGGAUGGGGCCGGCCCUCUGGUAUCCCUGGCGGUCGGCGACAGCUCCUCCAUCCUCUGUGCCAGCUUUAACGCCGGGGUCUACUCGCUGCGGGUGGAGAGCUCCAGGGGACCCUUCCUGCAGGAGGUAGCAAAGUUCUGAC